AUGUCCUCCCAAGACACCUCCCACCUCCGCUGGCGCUACACGGAGUUCGACGACCAGAGAUUCGAAAUCCGCGGCAGAACUCUCUUCUUCAUCAUCGUCCUCUUCUCCUUCAUCCUCAUCAUAACCCUCCUCUUCCUCUACGCUCGCUGGGUCUGCCGCUACAACCGCCAAGUCCCAGCCACCUCCGUCAGGCCCGCCCCCACUCCUCCGCCGCCGCAGGGCCUCGACCCAGCCAUCAUUAGCAGCUUGCCAAUUGUCCUACACCAGCAGUCGCCAACCCCGGCGGGUUCUUCCAUCGAAGACUGCUGUAUAUGCCUCGUGGAAGAAGAAGCGUAUGAGGAGGUUGAAGAGGAAGCGCCGAAAGAUGAGGCAGAGAUCCAAAUUCAGUUUGGAGAAUCUUCACACUUGGAUUAUGCUACUGUGUUUUGGUUAUUAAGAUUUCGUUAUGUUGAUGAAUCUCAUUUUCUUGGAUGA